AUGAGGCGGAUAAGAAGAUCGCUGCUUGCUCGAAGCUCCCCUGGUUUUGAUUGCUUCAAUAACAACACUAAGAUUAAGAGAUGGAUGACUAGAUGGUCAACCCCCAGGCUCCAUUGGUUUAAAUUGGAUUUUGAUGGCUCCGCUCAAUACAACUAUCAGGCUAGUGGUGGAUUCAUCAGGGAUCAUUUAGGGAAUAUGGUCGCUGCCUAUGCUGGCAACCUAAGGGAUAAUAUUGUCACUCAAGCUGAAGGAAUGACCCUCCUUUGGGGCCUGAAAAUAGCUAACUCCAUAGGAAUAAAACACCUAGAAAUUGAAGGAGACUCUCGAAUCAUCAUUGAGUCUACCAAAGGAAAUACUUCAGCGGGAUGGAAAGUGGAACCUAUUCUGAGGGACAUCAGGUGCUUUCUGGUUAAAAUGGAGGACUUCACUAUAUGCCACAUAUUCAGAGAAGGAAACAGAGCCAUCGACUCUAUGGCAGCUGAAGGAAGGCUACAUAAGAGCUUACAAUGCUGGAGGGACCCCAAUUUGCUGCCAAUCACCAUCAAGGAAAUCUUGGGAAAGGAAAAAGCCUUUACCCAGGAAAGGACUGUCCCUUCUGCUCAAUGA